ACUACGGGAAUCAAGCCAGGAAGUAGAGUCAGCCUCAGCUGUCCAGAAAAGUUUCGUCUUGUAGGUUUGGCCCACUGUUCCAGCCUGAUCGGGGAGCCUGCUUCUGCCACCCAGAGUGCUAGCUACCCCCGCCAGCCUCCGAGUCAUCGGAGUCAUCGAGAUCGCUCAGCCAACUGCGAAUCCGCCUUAAAGGAGACUCGCCCGUCGCUCGCCUCUGCACCUCGGCAACCCAGGAUGGAAGCCAUUGCCAAGUUUGACUUCAACGCCUCGGGAGAGGAUGAACUAAGUUUUCACACGGGAGAUGUCCUGAAGAUUCUUAGCAGCCAAGAUGAAUGGUUCAAAGCGGAGCUGAGGAGCCAAGAGGGCUACGUACCGAAGAAUUUCAUAGACAUUCGCUUCCCUAGCUGGUUUCACGAGGACAUCUCCCGGCAUGAAGCAGAGAGUUUCCUCAUGGCCAAGGACAUCGGCUUCUUCAUCAUCCGAGCCAGCCAGAGCUCACCUGGGGAUUUCUCCAUUUCUGUCAGGCAUGAAGAGGAUGUUCAGCACUUCAAGGUCAUGAGAGACACCAAGGGCCACUACUUCCUGUGGACAGAGAAGUUUCAGUCUCUGAACCAGCUGGUGAAUUUCUACCGGACUUCCUCCAUCUCAAAGCAGAAGCAAAUCUACUUGAGGGAUGGGAGCCGAGAAGACCAGGACCGGUGGAGUGGGAGCCUAGAACGACGGCUCCAGGAAGGGCUUCACAUCGGUGGAGGUGGUGGAGAAGAGACUCGUCCUUCAACAAACAGGAAACCGUCCGAUCACCCUCCUGCCCUCCAAUCCCCUUAUCAGGUGCAGCAGCCACCACCGCAGCAGCAGCAACCGUUGCCACAGCAGCAGCAGAUGAGUGCGGUGAUGUCCCAGCAGUACCAGCAGCAGCAGCAGCAGCCACAGCGGUACCAGCAGCAUCAUCAGCUUCAGCCGGACCGUCGAGGAGGCAGCUUUGACAUCAGUGAUGGGCACCGGAUGAGCCCUGAGAUGAACCCUGCCCUCAUGCACCGGCGACACACAGACCCUGAGCAGCUGCAGAUGAUUGGGAGAGUGCGCUGGGCCCGAGCCCUGUAUGACUUUGAGGCAGAGGAAGAGGAUGAGCUGGGCUUCUGCACUGGUGAGGUGGUCGAGGUCCUGGACAGCUCCAACCCAUCCUGGUGGACUGGCAGACUGCACAACAGACUGGGCCUCUUCCCAGCCAACUACGUGACCCCCCUCCGCUGAAGCCAGCGGACCAGGGCCUGAGCCAGGCACUGAGGGGGGAGGGGACAGGGAUUCUCCUGCAGAGACCUAAGAGGUGCAUUUGCAUAC